AUUUGCGAGCUCUCGAUUGGCUGAGUGUGAUCAGCUGAAGCGGCGCGUCAGUGCGCUCUUGAAGCAGCUACAACUCACACAGCCGCAGCAGCGGACGCUCUCCAAACCAAAUUAUACCUACAUAGACUGCUUUCCGAAGCUCACCGUACAAAAGUUAAGCCAUUAGCUUUCAUUAAAACGGCGCUUUGAUUUCAUUUGCCUGAGGACGCUGGGUAUGGAGUUGGUUGGGUCUGUAUAACAGACGCGGACAAAGCGGAUCAGCUCGAGCCGAGAUGAGCGCGACUAUGAGCGGCUCUGGGUCAGCGCCCUGCCGCUUCACACAUUACUUCGUUAUAUGCGGAAUAGACAACGAAACGGGUCUGGAGCCCGAUGCUUUGGCAGCUUUGUACCAAUGGCUAGAGGCCGAUCGUCAGGGCAGGGACCCAGAGGCCGUGGCAGCAGGGGAAAACUUUGAUCAGAGCCCCCUCAAAAGGACCUUCAAAUCCAAAGUGCUUGCCCACUACCCAGAGAACAUCGAGUGCAACCCAUUUGACCAGGAUGCUGUCAACAUGCUCUGCAUGCCCAAAGGUCUGUCAUUCCGAACACAGCGUGACAGUCGUACCCCACAGUUCCACUCUUUCCUCAUCACAAGAGAAGACGGAUCCCGCACUUACGGUUUCGUUCACACCUUCUACGAGGAGGUGACCAGCCCUCAGAUCUGCUCCGCCAUGCAGACGCUACACCAGAUGCACCAAGCAGAGCAUAAUGCAUCUGCCCAUAACUGCCCUUCGUCGUCAUCCUCUUCCUCAUCGUCUUCAUCUUCCUCUAGUAUGGACUCUUUAGCCAGCAGCCUGGAUGAAGUUGAGUCUCCUUCCUCAACUUCCUCCUCACAAGGGGGUCGCAGGAGCUGUGGCUGCUCCGGCGAAGGCUACGAUUCUGUUCGCGACACUCUGUACGUGUCCAAAGCUGUGUGUCUAAUCACGCCCAUGCCCUUCAUGCACGCCUGUAAACGCUUCCUGUCCCAGGUGCACCGUGCUGUCAUCUCCCAUGAGCCACCCCCACUUCCUUUGGAAAGCUACAUCUUCAACAUCCUCUAUGAAGUACCUUUGCCGCCGCCUGGACGCUCUUUGAAGUUCCAUGGAGUGUAUGAACCUAUCCUGUGCCAGAGGCCUGGUGUCGGGGAGCUGCCGUUGGCUGAUUUCCCACUGAGUGAGGCCUUCCAGUUGUUGGGAGUGGAAAAUCUGGUGCAGAUUUUUACUUGUGUCCUACUAGAGAUGCAGAUCCUUCUCUACUCACAAGAUUACCAGAGGCUCAUGGUGGUUGCAGAAGGAAUCACAACGUUGCUGUUCCCGUUCCAGUGGCAGCAUGUGUAUGUGCCCAUCCUUCCUGCUUCACUUCUGCACUUCCUGGACGCCCCUGUGCCGUAUCUCAUGGGCCUGCAGUCCAAAGAGGGCACGGACCGCUCCAAACUAGAGCUGCCUCAAGAGGCGAACCUGUGUUUUGUUGACAUCGACAGUCACUGCAUUGAGCUGCCUGAAGACUUCCCUCAGUUCCCCAACAAGACCGAAUUCAUCCAGGAACUCAGUGAGGUAUUGCUCAGUUUUGGUCUGUCUCCUGAGGGGGGCAACGCCUCCCCUGAACCAGCUGUCAGCUCGCAGACCUCCAUGCUGGAGAAGGAGCUGAAGAGCACAUCCCUGAGUGAGUUGGUGGAUGACAGAAAGAAUGGCAACCUCGGUGGAGAGGCACUGGACGUGCUGGAACUUCUUCAGGGCAACCCGACUCUGGAGCGUCUGCAGGCUCUGGCCAAAAGGACUGGGGUGAAAGUGGCCCGUCUGGAGGCAUUGGCAGCGGGGCAGAAAGCUGUAGGGGAGGAGGGCGUGGGAGGAAGGUCUCCUGCCGAGGAAGAGGAGCUGAGGAAUGCUAAACUGAACGUGCAGCUGAGGGAGGUGUUCGCUGCACGCUUUGCGACAAUGUUUGCGGACUACGAGUCGUUUGUGAUUCAGAAUUCACCAGAUUUGGAGUCCUGGCUGACCAAUAGAGAGCAAAUGCACAACUUUGACAAGGCCUCAUUCCUUUCCGACCAGCCGGAACCGUACUUGCCCUUCCUGUCCCAUUUCAUCGAAACACAAAUGUUUGCCACCUUCAUUGACAACAAGAUCAUGUCUCAGUGGGAGGAGAAAGAACCCCUCCUUCGAGUGUUUGACGGACGCAUUGAGAAGGCCCGUCUCUACAAUGUUCGCGCACCCAGCUUGCGCUCAUCUGUUUACCAGAAAUGCACCUAUCUCAAAGAGUCGGCCCAGGCCAUAGAGCAGCGGCUGAGAAAGAUCGACCACACAGCCAUCCAUCCUCACCUGCUGGAUAUGAAGAUUGGUCAAGGAAAAUACCAGCACGGCUUCUUCCCCAAACUACAGGCUGAUGUGCUUGCCUCAGGGCCCACCAACAACAAGUGGUCUAACCGCACAUGCUCGACUCAGCGCAGAGUGGACCGUCACAGACAGCAGAACGACCAUCUUGUGCUGGACAACGACCUCAAAGAGGUGGAGGGGUGUUUGCUCCUGCAGAACUCUAUGGCUUUCUGGGAGUGGGAUAAGGCACCACCCCCACCUAUUAAACCGCCUAAAAAGUCCUUCUCGGCCUGCUGUCUGAAGUACAUGCAGGAGGCCCGUAACCUGGGGAAGAACCUGAGACAACCCAAACUAUCAGACCUGUCCCCUGCGGUCAUCGCUCAGACCAACUGGAAGUUUGUGGAGGGUUUACUGAAAGAAUGCAAAAUGAAGACCAAGCGUAUGUUGGUGGAGAAAAUGGGCAGAGAGGCUGUUGAACUGGGACAUGGAGAGGCGAACAUCACCGGCCUGGAGGAGAACACACUCAUAGCUAGUCUGUGUGACCUGCUGGAGAGAAUAUGGAGCCACGGCCUACAGGUCAAACAGGGAAAGUCUGCGCUGUGGUCUCAUUUAUUGCACUACCAGACGAGAGAAGAGAAAAAUGAACAGCUGUUAGAGUCUCCAGUGUCCAAUGGCCAGGAAAAACGGAAGCCAGAGUCCAGUGUUGGUCUUCCUGCAUUACGUGUAUCAGUCAUACAGGAUAUGAGACACAUCCAGAGCAUGGGAGAGAUUAAAACCGAUGUAGGUCGAGCACGUGCUUGGAUCCGUCUGUCUCUGGAGAAAAAACUUCUUUCCCAGCAUCUCAAACAGCUGCUGUCUAACCAGGCCUUAACCAAGAAGCUGUACAAGCGUUACGCCUUCUUGCGCUGCGAAGAGGAAAAAGAGCAGUUUCUCUUUCAUCUCCUGAGCCUGAAUGCCGUGGACUACUUCUGCUUUACCAGCGUCUUCACCACUAUAAUGAUUCCAUACAGGGCCGUUAUCAUCCCCAUCAAGAAGCUUAGUAACACAAUGACCACGUCCAACCCCUGGCUGUGUGUGUCCGGCGAGCUGGGCGACUCCGGCAUCCUGCAGAUCACGAAGAACGUUCUGGAAAUGACGUUUGAUUCUGCCUUUAGGCCUCACACGCACAUCUCCAUCGCAUUCAAGUGUCAGAACCUCGGGAAGUUGACAACAGUGCAGCUGGGUCAUGAUAAUUCUGGCUUGCUUGCCAAGUGGCUGGUGGAUUGCGUCAUGGUCCGCAAUGAGAUCACCGGCCACACGUACAAGUUCCCAUGUGGCAGGUGGCUGGGAAAGGGUGUGGAUGAUGGGAGUCUUGAGCGGGUUCUGAUUGGUGAAUUUGUAGUUCCGUGCAACGAUGAUGAUGGAGGAAGAGGGUCUAAGACUCCGCCCCUUCAGCGAUCACCUUCCCAGAUCCGACGAAUCAGCAUCACAUCACUUACAGGACGUGGAAACAAACCAACAACUGUACAGAUACAGGAAUCCAUUGGUGAAGCAGUCAACAGUAUUAUAAAGCAUUUCCACAAACCAGAAAAAGAGAGGGGCAGUCUUACAGUCCUGCUGUGUGGAGAAGGUGGUCUUGUGUGGGCACUGGAGCAGUUCUUCCAUCAUGGAUUCCGCUCGGCUCGAAUCUUUCAGAAAAAUGUUUUUGUGUGGGACUUCUAUGUCGAGAUGUUUGGCUUUCAUAAGCCGAAGAUGUACCGCAGCCUUGAUGGAUGCUGCAUCUGCAGGGCAAAAUCCUCCAGCUCUCGUUUCACUGACAGCAAACGCUAUGAGAGAGACUUCCAGAGCUGCUUUGGUUUAGGUGAGACUCGCUCUGGUGAAAUCUGCAAUGCUUGUGUUCUGCUGGUGAAACGCUGGAAGAAGCUUCCUGUCGACUCCAAAAAGAACUGGAAUCAUCGGCCUUACACAGAAACACCCUUAGUGAACAAGUGA